AUGAAAAGUGCUCCCCAAGAUUCAAAAACAAGGAGAAAGCGUCAUCAUUCCGCUGCUACGCGAUACAACAAGGAGGCUGAGGAUGAAUAUUAUCUGAAAAAGAUUCAGGAAUUAGUAAACCAAAAGAUGAAUUUGCUAGCAGAGCAACAAGAAAAAGACUCCAAGACAUUGAAGCCUCCCACUCCGAAGACAAAAAUGAACAGUAAGCGAAACGUGAGCACUCGGAGGUUGAAGAAUUUCAUCACGACUGUCAUGAAUGGCAAAGAUAUGACACUCGUCAUCAACAAAAAAAUUGUAUGA